CUGAGAGCUCGUUACUUGUCUGUAAGGCAGAGGUAGACGCGUCAGUUUAUCUGGCUCUUACUGACACUUCGCAAAAAUGCUCCUCAACAAGGUCCUUAAAGCCAGUCUGCGGUCUGGGAUCCGUCUGCAGAGCUCCAGUGCAGCUGCAGCCAGCGCUGCGUCACAUUCCAGCAGCCAUGCAGCAUCGAACGGCUUCUCUUUUGAGCUGACAGACCAGCAGAAGGAGUUCCAGCAGCUGGCCAGGAGGUUUGCUCGUGAGGAGAUCGUCCCUGCUGCUCCUGCAUAUGACCGGAGCGGAGAAUAUCCUCUCCCUCUCAUCAAGAAAGCAUGGGAGCUCGGUCUGGUGAACGGUCACAUUCCUCAGGAAUACGGUGGAAUGGGUCUGUCCAGCUUCGACACCUGCCUCAUCACAGAGGAGCUGGCGUACGGCUGCACCGGAGUGCAGACGGCGAUAGAAGCAAACUCUCUGGGACAAAUGCCUGUUAUUAUUGCUGGAAAUGAACAACAGAAGAGGAAAUAUCUGGGAAGGAUGACGGAGGAGCCUCUCAUGUGUGCGUACUGUGUCACUGAGCCUGGAGCAGGCUCCGACGUGGCCAACAUCAAGACUCGAGCCGAGAAGGUGGGGGAUGAGUACGUGGUCAAUGGCCAGAAGAUGUGGAUCACCAACGGGGGCAAAGCCAACUGGUACUUCCUUCUGGCCCGCACCAACGCAGAUCCCAAAUGCCCAGCAGGCAAGGCCUUUACCGGGUUCAUUGUGGACGCAGACUCUCCAGGAAUUCAAGUAGGAAGAAAGGAGAUGAACAUGGGCCAGAGGUGCUCCGACACCAGGGGCAUCACCUUCGAAGAUGUGAGGAUACCGAAGGAAAACGUCCUGAUCGCAGAGGGAGCCGGGUUCAAAAUCGCCAUGGGGGCCUUCGACAACACCAGACCACCAGUGGCAGCCGGAGCCACCGGCCUGGCACAGAGGGCCUUCGAUGAAGCCACCAACUACGCCCUGGAGAGGAAAACCUUCGGCAGACUGAUCGCUGAGCACCAGGCCGUGUCCUUCAUCUUGGCCGAGAUGGCCAUCAAGGUGGAGCUGGCCCGGAUGUCCUACCAGCGGGCCGCCUGGGAGGUGGACCAGGGCCGCCGGAACACGUACUACGCCUCCAUCGCCAAGGCCUUCGCGGGAGACAUCGCCAACCAGGUGGCGGCCGACGCCGUUCAGGUGUUCGGAGGCAACGGCUUCAACAGCGACUACCCAGUGGAGAAGCUGAUGAGAGACGCCAAGAUCUACCAGAUUUACGAGGGCACGGCUCAGAUCCAGAGAAUCAUCAUCGCCAGAGAGCACCUGGGAAAAUUCAAGAAAUGAACCCCGAGUCCCGCCUUGUACUCACUUCUUUGUUUUUGUAGUUUUCCGUACAUAAAUUGUGUUUCUAUAAAAUAAAAUAGAUUUUGCGUCUUGAACUCUGAGCUCAAAGAAGCAUUUGCCUUAAAGCUGUAGGGAGCACGUUCAUCUGGCUUUUUUUGGCUCAAUCCAGAUCCUGUGACGGAGCGUCAUUCUGGGAAUCAAAUCACACGUCUGAAUGUUGGUCUGAGAGCGAAGAGAACAACUUUCACAACGCCAGUAAAUAAUCUGAACAUCAUUCACUUGUUAACACUGCAGGUUGUAAACAGAAGCAAGGUCAUUGUGUUUCUAUUGGGGGAAAAGAGUAGGAAUUGAGUUUAUUUGCAUUAAUCAGGUGCUUAUUGGACGUUUUCUGCUGAAACUGACGGUGCCACUCACUAAAUUCAACAUGUGGAAAGUGAACUCAUUUAUUUUUUCAGUUUCUACGUUGCCUUGUGUUAGGGAGGAGUGGUUUUUACCUCACCAUCAGCUUUAUACUGUCAGCGUUCAAACCUUUUUGACCGUGUUGAUCUUGGAGGUGCAUCAAGUCAGAGAUUGUGUUGAUAAUUUUCUCCAUGCCUUAUCCUGUGACGUUAUUUCUAAAGUCUCUCUCUCCAUCACCCGGAAGAACCUGCUGAAGUCAAGUUUGUAAAAUAGUAAAAUCUGUACAGAUGUAUUUCUCCUCGGAAUGUGUAGAGGGAUAUUAAUGUGUGGUAAACUGCAUGUGGGGUGAAAAUGAUUUUCUGCUUAAUUUACUAUAAGUUUGCUGUCGGUUCUACAUCAACGAUAUCUAACAGAACCAAGCACGGUGCUUAACCUGGACACGCUGGCUGUGGUGAAGCUGUCACUGUUGGGCAGAGCUCACUAUCACUCAUUCUGUCUGCCGUCCCGUCAAUAAAUUAUUCUUUUCAGACAAGAA